AUGGCGUCUGGUCCGGAUCCCCAGAGCUUAAAAUCAUGGGAGGACGCAUUCCAGUACCCAAUCCCCACCGUGCGUCGUGUGGAGCAGGAGCUCCGGCGCGACAUUGCAAGCAAUAAGGAGAAGCUCCGCGCUCUAGUUGGGACGAGAUAUCGAGAGCUUGUCGGGACUGCGGAGACCAUUGUUUCGAUGAACCGGGAGAUUCAAGACGUGGAUUCGAACCUCGCCGAUAUUGGACAGCGAUGCAACCCGAGACUGGUAGAGAAGAAGACUGCGCAUCUGGGGCAGAUUAAGAGCGAUGUGCUGGAUAAAGAUGCGGACAAACGCGCAGUCGGGGCGCAGCUCUCACUACUUCACCGCUGUGCUGCUACGAUUUCGAGGCUUCUACGGAGACGCGCUUCGCCGUUGCUAAUCGCAAAGCUCUUUGUGAUCUCCCGGCUACUGCACAAAACGUUGUCGCAGGGAAAGUCGGUCCCGCCGUUCCUGGAGACUCUGCGCGGCCAAUUGGCUUCCCUUCGACAGACCCUUCUGAAACGGAUCCGGAAAUGCCUUGGUUCUGCGAACUCGACAGCAGACGAUACUAUUGAAGCUCUGGCUGCAUAUUGCCUGACCACUAGCUCUUCAUCGGAUGAUGCAAUUCGCCAUUUCCGGGAUGUUCGUCUAGGUGUUAUUGACAGCCAACUUGCUCUCACGGACUUUUCUGGCGAGAACGUGCUCAAGGCUUUUCUGCUGUACAUUCGGACCCUGCAGACGUCCAAGAUCCUUUUGUCCCGCCGUCUGUCUGACGUCCUUGGUAAAUUGAAAGCACGGCCCAUCCUGACCGAUCCCGAAGUCCGCAACCUGGAUGAUCUCGGCAUUGAUAUUUUGGGCCGAUGGGCUGCUCCGGAAGUCACGAAUUUCACGCCGUGGAUUAAGCUGAGCGAGCUCAGCAAGUCGGACUCAGAGAGAGUCAUCAAACAAUGGUCUAGCCAAGCUUUCGAAGCUCUUGUCAAAGGCUGCCACAGUACCCUAGGAAAGUGGAACGAUUUCCCUGACCUUCUCGCACUGCGGAAGAAAACUCUGGAUAUAUGGCUCAGUUCACGGAGCUCUACAUCAACCCAUUCGUCACUGGGUGUGCUUGAAGGCAUUAGGACGACAUUUAAUGAGCAGCUCACGCGAAUCCUGUCGAACCAAGCCAAGAAACUCGAUCAAUUUGGACAGAAUAUCUCAUUUACCAUAUCAUACUGGGAAAGCAAGGAGCAUACAGAGGCUCAAUCAUUGUGGGACCACAACAUCAUCUCUCUCGAUUACUCAAAUGGAGCAACCGCAUUCAAGCAAACAGUCAUGGACAAGCUCCUAGGCCGUGACGAAGAUAUCUCCGCCGCGCUGAAGAUAUACCAGAAUUGGCGUUCUACAAUUGACUCAUCCAAACAAUCCAUCCACGACCUCAGACGAACAAAGUGGAGUGAUAUUUUAGAUGAAGGCGAAGACGAAGACCCUGAUGUCGACAUCACCGCCAUGCUAAACGACGAUGACCCGCGACUCCUCCGAGAUGAAUUCCAGUCGGCAGUCCGCCAAUCAUUAACCACCCUCCAAGAUUCCUUCAGCGAUACCUUUUGCGCCUUCGGCCAAUCAAACCGAAACCUCAAAACUGCAUAUCUCCUCCGCCUCGUACGACUUGUCCGCAGGGAUCUUCCUACAGACUUCGUCGCAACCGAGUUCUCGUUCUCCAGCUCCAUCGUCCCGAAGUUACAAGAAAUGCUUGCCACGGAAAUCAUUGCCCUUACUACUCCGUUGCGUUUACCGGAUCCCCACAAGAGACUACCGGGUCGAUCUCUGUGGGAAGGAGAUCCGGAAUUGCCCCUUCAGCCAUCGCCUUAUACAUUCAAAUUCCUGAGGAGACUGAUGGAGUCUAUGAAUCAGUGCGGGCAGGACCUGUGGGAUCUUUCUACGGUGCAGGUUCUGAAGCAGACGUUGCAGAGGGAGUUGUCGAACUUUGUUGUGACAGCUUUUGAGAACUUAGAAUCGCCUGCCCCUGAAAAGGACACACCCAAACCCGAAUCCGAAUCCGAGACCGGACAGGAAGACGAAUCCCGACCAACUGAAAACGGCACCGAAGAACAGCGUCAACCUGAGCCCGAAACCACCAGCACUACUUCCAAGGAACAUAUCCGCGACUGCAAGGUCCAAAUCUUCUACGACACCAUCUAUCUCAAAGGCAGCCUAGCCACCAAAGACCUCGAGCAAAGCCAGUGCCAGCUAGCUGACGCUGUUGAGAAGCUCCGUGCUAGUCUUGAUUCGGAGGAACGGGUUGCUAAGAAUAUUGAGAAAGCGGCGGGUGAGUACUGGAAACGAACGAAGUUGUUGUUCGGGUUGUUUGCUGUUGGGUCAGAGUAA